ACACUCAAGUGUAUUUAUCUAUCUGCUGAUGCUGUAGUUAAGACACUCAAGUGUAUUUAUCUAUCUGCUGAUGCUGUAGUUAAGACACUCAAGUGUAUUUAUCUAUCUGCUGAUGCUGUAGUUAAGACACUCAAGUGUAUUUAUCUAUCUGCUGAUGCUGUAGUUAAGACACUCAAGUGUAUUUAUCUAUCUGCUGAUGCUGUAGUUAAGACACUCAAGUGUAUUUAUCUAUCUGCUGAUGCUGUAGUUAAGACACUCAAGUGCAUGUAUUUCUACAAAUCAGCAGAUUCUGGGCACGCUUUUUAA